UGCGCACGUCCGUACGACACGCACACACACAUGCAUGGAUUACAUUGCAUCCACAUCCACGCAUUGUGCGAUGCAUACCAGUUGAAAAUACUUCCAAGAUGGCGGCCGCCAUGUGUCCGUCUGCCGAGUUUGAAGAUUGGCUCUCCAAAAGAUUGAAGGCAAUAAACAUUGACGAUGAAGUAUUUGGUUCAUAUAUUUACGGAAUAGUCGAAGAUGACUCGACAGAUGAUGACAAAACAGAGGCACUCAUGGGUAUUCUAUCUGGAAUAACUGAGGAGUCAGUGGAAGAAACUUGUCAAGAAAUUUUAAAACAAUGGCAGACUUCCAGUAACAAAAGCCAACUAGCAUAUGAAGAAAUCAAGAAAGAUGAGCCUUCAACAGAUGCAACUCUUUCCUCCAUCAUGGAGCGACACGCAACGACACAAAGCAAGAAAGAAACAACAAACUCCAAGAAUAGUAAAGACAAGCAACGGUUGCUUGCCCGUUAUGCUGAGAUUUCAGACGGUGAAGACAGCAGUGAUGACAUUGACGCUGAACAUGACGGCCCUUCAAGAUCAGAAGACUUGUUAAUGUCACGAAACACAAACAAAGAAAGCGUUGAUAAAGCCGUGAAGGACCAGCGGGACAAGAUGAAAGCUGAUUAUGAAAAACGCAGAGAGGUAGAGAAGCAACUAAGAGAGAAAGAUCGACUGAAGGCUCUGGAGAGGAAGGAAAAAGAGAAGAAAAGGACACAAAAAGGAGAGAAAAGACGGUAACACAGGCUAUAAUUGUAGUACUUACAUGCGUUCUAGGAAAGAGCUAAAGUGUUAUAGAAUGUCAAUUAUUAAAUAAGGUUUGUUAAUUUUGGUUUUACCCCUGCACCGAUGUGUGUUAGCACUAUUUAUUCAGUACUUUCCUGAGUUCCGUGAA